CUGUUAAACGUGUAUGUUUUUGUUUCUUGUUUUGUAAACAAAAAGUGUUGGAAAUCGUCUGAAAACUAAUAAUUGUUAUACUCUGCGUAAUUUAUUUUGUAUAAAUGAUAUUUUAAUUUAAUAAAUUUGAGAAUUCUUGACUGUAGUAUAUUAAUUUUAGUGUUAUUAUGUUGCGUCAGUUAACUUAUAUUAUUUACAUUGUUUCACAAUUUCAAUGGCAAGCUUGAGAAUUCUUGCCAAUUUUCGAUACCAAUACCAAUGUCUUAUAAGUUUUAAAAACAAUUCUUGAAAUUCCGUUGGCUUAAUAGUUAAAAGUGAAAGUCAAUGUGUUUGUUUUACAUUCAGGGUUAGAAAGUUUGUUUUCCUACGGUGAAAGAUGUCUACUUGCACUUAUAAUUGCUUUAUGAAUGUUAUCAACAUUGGAAACAGUAUUAUUGGAGUCAGUAUCUUGGCAAUGCCAUACUGUUUUCGAAAGUGUGGAAUUUUGCUGAGUAUUUUUCUCAUUUUCAUCAGUGGAAUUCUUACUCGUACAGCAUGUUAUUUGCUUUUAAAAUCUGCAAUAAUGGCAAGAAGAAGGAAUUUUGAAUUUUUAGCUUUUCAUACGUUUGGUACAACAGGGAAGCUUGCAGUUGAAAUUAGUGUAAUUGGAUUUCUAAUAGGAGUUUGUAUUGCCUUUUUUGUAGUUAUUGGGGAUCUUGGUCCACCUUUGGCAGCUGAAUUUCUAUAUAUUGAGAAUGCCCCCAAUUUAAGAAGUAAUUUACUAGUAUUUGUGGGUCUAUGUGUCGCUUUACCUUUAGGAAUGUUAAGAAAAAUUGAUAGUCUGACAAGUCUAAGUGCAUUUUCAAUUGCUUUUUAUGCUUGUUUGAUAUUGAAAAUAUUUUCAGAAGCAGUUCCUAAUCUUUCGGCUAAUGAGUGGUGGUAUGAAGUAAACUGGUGGAAAUCUGAAGGAAUACUUCCCUGCUUACCCAUAUUUUCAAUGGCCCUUUCUUGUCAAACGCAAUUGUUUGAGUUUUUUGACACAUCAAACGACCCUUCCUUGAAAAGGAUGCAAUCUGUUGUGGCCGGUGCAGUGCAUUUAUGUUCGGCUGUCUAUAUUAUGGUCGGUACUUUGGGAUACAUAGCAUUUCACGACAAGGCCAUAACAGGAAAUAUUCUUGUUUUUCUAUCUCCCUCUAUGAUAACAGAAGCUAUCAAGCUUGGGUUUAUAUUGACAGUUGCCAUUAGUUUUCCUUUAUGCUUAUUUCCAUGUCGAUCCAGUUUACAUUCACUUAUUUUUAAGCAGGGAUUUGGCCAUCAUGACACUACCAUUACUGCUAUACCAGAAAAUCGAUUUCGAAUCCUAACUGUCAGCUUGGUCAUUGUUACUAUAGGCAUUGCUAUAAUGCUACCGAAUAUUGAAUUUGUUUUGGGAAUAAUUGGUUCAACGAUUGGAACUUUGAUAUGCCUCAUAUUUCCAGCUAUCAUGUUCAUACAAGAUACAAGUAAGAAUACUACAGAAAAAAGAAUGGCUCAAUUUUUAGUUGGAAUAGGGCUUUUCAUUUUGAUUGCAUGUACAUAUUCAACCCUCCAAGAAGAAGGAACUCAUCCUGAGCCAGUAAUAGAUCCAGUGAAAAAUAUUAUUAAAAUUGCUGAACCAAAAAUAUUAGCUACAUUUGCUCCUGUUGAUAUUAUCAAAACACAAAGCUCAUCUACUAAAGUGGUAAAAUUUUUAGAAGAACAUAAAGAAGAAAAACCUCCAGAUCAAAAUGCAGCAAAUGAUCAGAAACGAUUAGAGCCACCUGUUCCUCAAGAGCCUGAAGCAAAGGUUGAACUAAAUGCUGAACUAGAUCCUCAAGCUCUUCAGAAGGAAGACAAAGAAAUCCAAAAAGAAACUGUGCAGGCUUCCAACUCCAUCGAUGUUUCGAAGAAGGAGAGAAACAUUGAAAAACAAGAAAGCAUACUUCGAAAACUGGAGCAGCAGGUUGAACUAAAUGCUGAACUAGAUCCUCAGGCCCUUCAGAAGGAAGACAAAGAAAUCCAAAAAGAAACUGUGCAGGCUUCCAACUCCAUCGAUGUUUCGAAGAAGGAGAGAAACAUUGAAAAACAAGAAAGCAUACUGCGAAAACUGGAGCAGCAACACAAGGAGCAGAAAUUAAUUCUGGAGCAACAGAAAAAAGUUUUAGAAGAACUCAAGUUGCACAGGGAAAGCCACGAUGAAAUAAGAAAAAAUGCAGUCGAACAGCAACUUCCUGUUGUUCCUGACGCUGAAAAAGAGGUACCUGCACCGAUUCCUAAAAAAACAGAAUCUUUAGAAAAUGUAGUAAAAAGUGUACCAGAAGUGGUAUCAGUACCACCAAUAAAAAACCUAAUACCUCCAAAUGAGCCUCCAAAAAAAGAAAACGUACUUCAACCUGGAGAAUAUGUUCCUAUAAAGAAUACAUCCAAAGAAGACCCACUUAAAACUUUUGUGUUGAACGCUCAAAACGAUGCAUCAAAAAUAUUGAGAGAAAAUAAACAAAUUGAUGAUGCUCUUCAAAGGAAAUCCAACGAGGAGUUGAUUCUUAACAUAUCAGCUCCCAGAGUCAAAAAGAACUUAGAAGAUAUUAAUUUGAAAUUUGUUUCUAGUCCCCCUGUUAGUGUUCCCGUAGUUGCUAUUAAGACUACUCCAAAAACAGUUGCUGUGAAGUCUCCCAAAACAGAUUUAGAUUCUGGGAAUGAAUUAAAAUUUGAUCCUGGUCACAUUAUAAAACGAGAAACUUUAGGAAAGGAAGAAGAAACGACUUAUUCUAAUAUUAUUGAUAAAGAUAGUGACAAAGGUUCAAAUAAUAAAAAUAAACAGGAAUCAUUAUGAAGCAAGUCAUAACUUUUAAGAUUUAAAAGUAAAUUAUUUUUAAGAUAUAAUUUUGUGAGAAAGUAAUAACAAUAAUCAGGAAACACUCUGAAAUAUUCCUUUUUUUUAGGAUUUAAAAACCAACUGUUUCUAAAAUAUAUUUUUGUGAGAAAGUAAUAACAAUAAUCAGGAAUCACUAUGAAGCAUUCCAUAUUUCUUAGGAUUUCAAAACCUAUUGUUUCUGAGAUGUAUUUUUGUGAGAAAGCAAUAAUAGUAAUUGGAAAUCAUUUUUAAACCAGAGUUUGCACAUUUUGUAGAAUUGGCAUUUGUCGGAAGAGAACUAUUUCUUCCAGAAUUCUGUAAGAAACUGGAAAAAAAAUAAAUAAGAGAAGUGAAACAAAA